GAAGGUUGUUUCGCGCGGAAGAAUGUGCAACCAGUUGCAGAUUAUUGGAUUGUCGGAUCUCCAGGAGAUUCAAGGGCUCUACAAACAAGACUGGCCCAAAUAUUGCCAGGAAUACUACUGCCUGGAUAACUUUAUAGGGUUUUUGAUUAAGAAUCCCCUCAUUAAGCACCUGCAAAUAUAUACGUUGCCCAUUAAACAAGCCAGAGAUGAGGGCCUUUUUGUUAUUGUGGAUCGCUAUCAACUGUUUGUUGGCUGUUUAAACAACACAAACGGUCUGGUACAAAAGGCGUUGGAUUUGGUGGACUGGUCCAAAGGGUUGAAAUGCAGUUCUAUACCCUCCAGACAUAUUGAGGCUCUGGAUAGCGUUGUUGAGUCGAAAAAGUUGAAAUUGCUGUUCAGGGAUCCCACGGAUUUGUUCUACAUGAAGGCGAAAGAGGCUCUUAAAUUGAAAGUGGAAGCACCAGUUGGAUUUGUUCUAAGAUCGUUGAGUGUAUCAGACGCUCCUCUGGUUAACGAAGAGUGGCCCAAUCAUCACCUGGGAUCUCUAUACUUCAUAGAACGACAGAUACAGAUGUGUGUCAGUGUGGGAUUGUAUCAGGAAGACACUCAACAACUGGUGGCCUGGUGCAUCAGAUUACAGGGCGGCUACUUGGGAGCCCUUCAAGUGAGAGACUCCCACAAACGUCGGGGAUUUGGCAGUGUGGUAACGAGGGAGAUUUCCUAUCGCCUUGCUGCUCAAGGUCACGAUGUAAUGGCCCUAGUGGGCCAUUCGAAUAAACCCUCCUCGGGAAUGUUCAGCAAGCUGGGCUUCCAGGUCAUCGAUCAAUGCUUGUGGCUGAGAACAGAACCCACAAAUGGAGAGUUCACUUGGCCCGAAGGCGAGUAGUUGGUGUUUAAAUGUUUAUAUUAAAAUAUUACGACUAUCGGUUGUAUAUGAAUACAAGUUUGGUAUAAAAAUA